CACUUGUUUACCGAUUUAUUUUAUUGAAUAAUAUCAAAUGGAUGUUGCAAUCAGCAAUUAUUGAAGCAUAAUUUAGCUUAUUUUGACAUCAAAAUGAUUGGUGCCCUUUUUGUGUACAAUCACAAAGGAGAAGUCCUAAUAUCUAGAAUUUAUCGCCAUGAUGUGAGUCGCAAUGCUUCUGAUGCAUUUCGUGUCAAUAUAAUUCAUGCAAGAGGUCAAGUUCGUUCUCCUGUCUCAAAUAUUGCUGGUACUAGUUUCUUUCAUAUAAAACGUGGGAAUGUAUGGAUUGCAGCUGCUACUAAACAGAAUUGCAAUGCUGCAUUAGUUUUUGAAUUUUUAUAUAAAACAGUUGAAGUCAUGUCAAAUUAUUUUGGAAAAGUUACUGAAGACAAUGUGAAAAAUAACUUUGUUUUAAUAUAUGAAUUAUUAGAUGAAAUAAGUGAUUUCGGAUAUCCUCAAAAGACUGAUGUUGGAAUCUUGAAAACUUACAUAACGCAGCAAGGUGUUCGUUCUCAGACGAGAGAAGAGCAAGCUCAGAUUACUAGUCAAGUAACAGGUCAAAUAGGUUGGAGAAGAGAAGGUAUUAAAUAUCGCAGGAAUGAGUUAUUUUUAGAUGUCCUGGAAUCUGCAAAUCUGCUUAUGUCACCACAAGGUCAAGUUUUAAGUGCUCAUGUUUCUGGUCGUAUUGUUGUUAAAAGUUAUUUAUCUGGUAUGCCUGAGUGCAAAUUUGGUAUGAAUGACAAAUUAGUUGUUGACAAACAAAGCAAACCCUCUCUUCUAGAUUCAUCUUCAGAUUCAUCUAAUAAAAAAAAUACAAACAAAGCAGGUAUUGCUAUAGAUGAUUGCACUUUUCACCAGUGUGUUAAGCUUAGUAAGUUUGAAAGUGAAAGAAGUAUAAGUUUUAUACCUCCUGAUGGUGAAUAUGAAUUAAUGAGGUAUCGAACAACAAAAGAUAUUAGUCUUCCAUUCCGUGUAAUUCCAUUAGUGAGAGAAGUAGGGAGAACAAAAAUGGAAGUUAAAGUUGUACUUAAAUCUCACUACAAACCUUCAAUUUUAGGACAAAAAAUUGAAGUGAGAAUUCCAACUCCACCAUCAACAGCUGGUGUUCAAGUUAUCUGCAUGAAAGGAAAGGCAAAGUAUAAAGCUAGUGAAAAUGCUAUUCUUUGGAAAAUAAGACGGAUGGCAGGAAUGAAAGAGUCACAAAUUAGUGCCGAAAUAGAGUUGCUUCCUACGAGAGAUACAAAGAAAUGGACUAGACCACCGAUAUCCCUUAACUUUGAAGUUCCAUUUUCGUGCUCCGGUUUAAAAGUUCGCUAUCUUAAAGUUUUUGAAUCAAAAUUAAAUUAUAGUGAUCAUGAUGUUAUUAAAUGGGUUCGUUAUAUUUCGAAAAGUGGUUUGUAUGAAACAAGGUGUUAAAAGUGACUUUUAGGAAAAUUCCUGACAAUAUGAAUUUUAAAAUGUUAUUAAGUUCACGCAAGAGUUUCAAUUAUUAACUCAAAGUAAUUUUUUACUUGAGUGAUAUUUUUAUACCUGAAUGUCAAUAGUCAUUGUCACUCACGCAAAUAUAAUUCUGAAAUAUUUAUGCUGAUCGUUUUUAUUUGAAAUUGUUAUAAAAAUUAUUUUGAAAUCUUUUGAGUAAAUGAUUUUUUUAUUUUGUGUUAUAUAUAUAUAUAUAUAUAUAUAUAUAUAUAUAUAUAUAUAUAUAUAUAUAUAUAUAUAUAUAUAUAUAUAUAUAUAUAUAUAUAUAUAUAUAUAUACUCGCGCAUGGGUGCCUAUGCUGUAGAAAAAUUUGAUAUGAGUUUAUUAAUUUAUGUUUUUAGGUUAGUCUUUAGGUUUUAUAAAGGUUUUAUGGGUUUUUUCUUAAAAAAUAAUCAUUUAAAAAAUCCUUUUGCAUUUAUUUUUUCGUCGUCAUCUGUUUUUUGUUUUUUUGUUUUUUUUUUCUUUUGUAGAAAAUAAUAUUAGAGAGUAAGCUGUAACUAUAGUGAAUUCUCUUGUUAUCUAUUAUUUAGAAAGAAUAAUUUUUUUUAUUAUUUAUGUUUUAAUUGAUUUGAUUAUUUAAAUGUGAUUUGCUAACUUUUUGUAACAAGCAAUAUCUAAUAAACAUGUUUUAAAAUCGUUUUUGAA